UUUCCCAAUUCCCACAUGCUCCUCUCUCCCCAAUAAACCCCCUCACUCCUUCACUAUCAAAGUCCUCUCAUUUUCUUCCUUUUCCCACUAUACCCAAUUGUUGCCUCCACUGUUUCCUCUCCCAACAAUGGUGGCAUCAAACUUCUCUCUUCCUUUGACACUCGCUGCCAUUAUAUCUGUCUGGGUGGCCGCUGAUGCCGCCCACCACCACCACACGGCGUCGGCUCCUUCCCCUUCCUCUUCCUCUUCCUCUUCCUCCGUGGACUGCUCCUCCCUCAUCUUGAACAUGGCCGACUGUUUGUCCUUCGUAUCCAGCGGGAGUGAAGUGUCGAAGCCUGAAGGAACUUGUUGUUCUGGCUUGAAAACUGUGCUGAAAACCGACGCUGAGUGCUUGUGUGAGGCUUAUAAGAGCAGUGCUUCUCUGGGUGUUACUCUGAAUGUCACCAAGGCCAUGACUUUGCCUGCUCUUUGCAAAGUCUCUGCUCCUACCACUAACUGCGCAAUAUCUCUCACACCUGCUGGUGCACCAGGAAUGCAACCAUCAACAUCGGCCAGUGCGCCCACAGCAUCGUCAGAAGGAGCAAAUGAAGUAGCCCCUGCGCCAGCUCCUGGUAGUUCAGGCUCCCCAUUGCUAUCUGUUUCAGUGGGAUCACUUGUGGUAGGCCUCAUGAUUGUUUUGUUGUCUGGUUGGAGGUGAAGGAGAGGGGGUAUCAUAUGAAAAAUACCCAUUUUGAUGUUUAGGGACAUGAUUCUCGGAUACCUGUACUUAAAUUAGUUUGCCUUUUUUGUGUUUUGAUGUGUGGUUGGAGAAUGAAGAUUGAAGCAUUCAUUUAGUGGGUUACUGGAAAACUAUGAUUUUAGGUUUUGGACCAUCCCCUGGAUACAUUUUUUUAUGAUUAGUUCCUUUCUCA